CUGCAGCAACUUAAUUUAGUUUCUCUGUCUAGUUUUUCUAAAUAUUGAAUAUAAAAAAACUUCAUAGUGUCCUAGUAGUGUCCUAGUGGUGUCCAAGUAGUGUCCUCGUCCUUUAGUGUCGCUCCUCUAGUCUGUGUUGAGCGUAAAAUCAAAAGCUGACCAGAAACUUUGUUAACCAUCGAGGAGAAAUCUAGUUGGUGAAAUAGUUUUCCUCUCUAACCCCCUACUCUGACUACAGAAACACAACAUGGAGGUUAAACCAUUAAUGCAUGAUGAUCACAGAUAAUACAGCCUUUAAAUAGUCCACAAUAACAGGAAUAUAACAACAAUCAUUGGAGACGAGUAUAGAUUAGUCUGAUGACAUGUUAUUGAAGAUUUGAUCUAAUGAGGAGUCAGUUGUUUGGUGAGAGUGUGUUUGUCUUGACUGCAGCUUUCAGUCACCUCCCACUGCUGUCAGGUCAAAGCAGAUCAUAUUACCUCAAAAAAUCUAAUCUACUAAACUGGGUCCAUCUUGUGUCAGAAGUACAUUAGUGUUCCUGUCUUGGUGUCAGUCCACUGGUCAGUCAUGUGUAAUCAGUAGCACAGAGGAAGAAGUCCUGUGAGGACUAAAGACAGACUGUAGAUUGUCUCUGUUCUACCUGUAAUAACUGAACUUGUAUCUGAUGUGUUUCUGUCUCCUCUCACAGGAUGAAGAUGAUCUGCAGCAUCCUGCUGCUCCUCAGUCUGACCUCCUGUGUCUCUGGAGCAUUUGUAGUGACUGUGAAAGAGACCUUCUAUCAGGCAGAGGAGAACCACAACAUCACACUGGAGUGGAUGUUCCCACCCAGAACCAGCAGUUCCCCCAAAUCACUUUUUAUCCUCUGUUACCUGUUUAGUGAUCUCAAGACCUCAGUCCUGUUUCAUCUCCAUGGAGGUGUUGAGGACCCAGAGUCUCAGGAUGAACAGUUUGCAGGACGAGUCCGGUGGGACAAAGACGUCCUCAGAGACGGACGAAUCAGAUUUCACAUAUCCAGACUCAGGAUUAAUGACUCUGGUGUGUACCAGUGUGACAUGAAGACAGGUUAUGGUAAGGCCUCUGGGAUGUGUCGCCUCAAAGUCACAGCAGCUGCUGAUGAGCCCAAACCUCCGAGACCAACAAUGAGACCACAACCAGAGAGUCCAACAAUGAGACCACAACCAGAGAGUCUGGGAAGGAUCUACCUCUACGUUGGACUGGGAGCAGCUCUACUGGUUCUCUGUACUGGACUCUACUUUGCCUUCCUUCGUAAACGACUCGUAGGCCUAUAGAGUUAACACCGAAACAGACGUACAGACGAAUCGAUGUGACCUGGAGUAGGAUACAGGUCUGUAGGAUUACACAGAGACUGAGAUGAUGGUGACAUCAUCAAUGUGUGCAAAAACAUAAAAUGUCACAGAAUGAUGCAUGUGUUUGGGAUACAGUGUAAAUAUAGAACACACAGCACUUUUAGCUUUAUAACAUGUUGAACUAUGUUGUAUGUGUAAGGCAGUACCCUAAGUCGACCACCAGGUAUCGCUGGUGCGCUGUCAAUUCCCAUCCAGAAUCCAUGGAUGUAUUAAAGGAAGAGAAUGGAGCAAUAACCAUGUUUGUCCGUUACAUGAAACCAUAGUUCUGAAAUCCAGUUACGUGUUGGACACCAUUUUUACCUGUUUGCUUUGCUGUCAGUGCUUCGUUAGGUAAACAUGGAGGCCUGCAUCAUCAUAGAAUAUAUUAAUUCACAAACACUCUUUCAGUUUAUCUUUUCAACUAAAGUGUUAAUUAAGAUGUUGACUUUCACUUUGGCAUGAGUUGUAAAAAGUAAGAUAUGUUUAGUAUGUGAAUAGUGUCCGUAAUGUUGGCCUGUUACUGAGUACGAGCAGAGCAUCCUCUCAGUGGAGAAGAAAAUAGUGCAGGAUGGAGGAUUAGUCUUUCCAGUUAUUGUCUGCUAUCUGCCUUAUUGUUUCAUUUAUAUUAUUUUCACGUUAGAUCUUAUGUUAAGAUGCCUUAUAUCAUUGUAUGUGUAGUAAUUUAUUUUCAGUGUUAGAUUAUUAUUUUACUCUGUUUACUUUUGUACUAGAAUAUACUUCCUCAUGGAGGGUUUACUUUGCUUUCACUGCUUCGUAAGGUUUUGGACCAGCAGUAGAGCCGAUGUUGUGGGUGAAUAAAGUGUUCCCGGUCUCAACCACAAUCCAGAA